UCACUGUCAAUGACUGGUUAGGAAUAUGAAUGGUUGUGGUUUUUAAGCUAAUUUUGAAGUUAUUUUAGUGUAUUGUUAUAAAGUAGCAGUAUUAAAAGUUAAUAAUUGUAUUUUUACAAAAAAAAACUUGAGUCAUAUAGUAGGUUGAACAUUAAGUUGGCUUUUUUAUGACUACGUAAAGGUAAAUAAAACACAAUAAUGGCGGAGGAUUUAAGGAAUUACAAACUGCAAUUACAACAGGUGGAAGCGGCCCUAUUGACGGAUCCCGAAAAUGAAGAACUUCUAAAAUUGAAAACGGACCUAGAGGAAGUAAUUGAGUUGACUCAAGAUCUUAUAAAAACUCAAGAGGGUGACAUCAAAGUUGAUAUUCAUAGUUCUAGUAAUAAUGAUAAUGUUGCAGCCUCCCCCCGGAGCGAUGACGACGAAGCCACCUUCAGUAGUGCUGUUUCCAAGUGGCAUGUUGGUGAGAAGUGCCUUGCAAAAUGGAGAGCGGACGGCAUGUUCUAUGAAGCUCUUAUCGAAGAAAUUAGUAGUGAUACCUUGAAAGUAAAGUUUGAUGGAUAUACAACAUUAGAAGUUGUAUCUAUAAAUGAUGUGAAACCUGCAGGUCCCGGCUUAAAAAGACCCCACAGCGGUGAUGAGAGCAAACAUGGAAAAGGCUACAACAGGGAAUACCUCAAAAAGAAAAAACAGAAGAAGCAACAAAGAUUUAAACAAAUCGAGGAAGAAAGAGAAACUGACAAAAACAAAUGGCUUUCAUUUCAUUCUAAAGCAUCUAAAAAGCCUGGUGUGCGGACUAAAAGUAUAUUUGCUUCACCGGACAACUUGUCUGGUAGAGUUGGUAUAGGAACAUGUGGAAUAUCUGGGAAGCCAAUGACUGAGUACACCCCUGGAGAAAAGUGGAAGAAAGGGGGAUAAUAAGUUGUUUUAUCUACAUCAAUAGUGUUAAUUUUACUUUAAGUUAGAUAUUACUGAUAAUAAAAAUUAUAUUUUUGCAAUCAUAAACACAAAAUAUCUCUCAUCUGUUCCAAUGUGUGGUUUUCAUAAUAAUUUUUCUAAAUCUUAAUCUUGUCUUUCAUUGAGCACUAUCAACAAUUUUUUUGGAAUAAUAUUAAUAUUUGGAUGUAAUUUUCUGCAGAUCUCACUUUGUAUAUGUGAAGCAGAUCAUUGAAUCUGCUCACAGCUCAGUUCAAUAUAGCUGCAUAGAGUUAUGAUUGAUCACUCUGCGACUCGCAGGCAAGUAAUAGUACAUUGCAUUGAGCUGUGAGCAGUCAAUUUAGUUGUUGAGCUACAGCUCAACAAUUCAAGCCUAUGUGAACUGAAAUUUUAAACCAGUUUAGAGCUGAUCUAUACAUGUCUAUAGUUGACUAUUCGAAAUUUUUUUUUGG